UUUGAUUCCCAGUUCAGAGAGGUUGCUUAACAGGCCAAAAUGGGACACCGGGUUGAUUCCAUUGUCCUCAUUUCUUCAUUUCAUUUCACGGUUUUGGCUCUUUUUUGCUGCAAUCAGCUGGCAAAUGGGUGCGAUUUGUUCACGGGCAGAUGGGUUUAUGAUCCAUCUUACCCUCUCUACAAUGCCUCGGCUUGCCCUUUCAUGGAGCGAGAGUUCAGCUGUCAGCAAAACGGACGUCGGGAUCUGCUUUACACUCGAUACCGGUGGCAGCCAUCUCGGUGCUCCGUCACAAGAUUCGAUGCAUUGAACUUCCUGAAGAGUUUCAGAGGGAAGAGCAUAAUGUUUGUGGGAGAUUCUCUGAGUCUAAAUCAAUGGCAAUCCUUGGCAUGCAUGCUUCACUCUGCACUUCCUAAUGCCACGUUCAAUAUUACUACAGUUGCAGAUGUCUCCACGUUCGAAUUCCAGGGACGUAAAUGA